GAACAAAUUAAAUUUUCCAUUCUUGAGGUUGUUGAUUUCCUAGAACCAUUUUAAUCCCCAUCCAGGGCUCUCCUAAUUAUCCGUCAUAAUGGCCAAGGAUCGAAGCGACAAGGAGAGGAAGAAGGAGAAGAAGGAAAAGAAACGUUCCGAGGUCGAUGGCGUUCAUAAGAAGUCGAAAAAGGACAAGGACAAGAAGAAGGCCACUGUUAUCGCCGAAGCUAUUGAGAAAGAUUUAACUGAGAGAGUUGUGGAACAGCUUGAUACUCUUCCGGACGCGGAGGAGGUAGAGGAGCGCCAAACGCGCCCUGUUGGCUCGCUUGUGCCGUUUGCGAACCCAUUGGCAGAUGAUAAAGUUGCGAAGAAAGUGUUGAAGAGUGUCAGAAAGGCCGCUGUGAAUAAGUCCCUAAAGCGAGGCGUUAAGGAAGUCGUCAAAGCUGUUCGAAAGUCGCCUGUCCCUGCUGCAAAUGUUGCGGUCACGUCGCCGAUUGGUAUCGUCGUUCUUGCAGCCGAUAUUUCCCCAGUGGAUGUAAUAUCUCAUAUUCCCGUCCUGUGUGAAGAUCACGGAAUCCCCUAUGUUUAUGUUACAUCUCGAGCCGAACUCGGCAGCGCUGGGUCGACUAAAAGACCAACAAGUGUUGUUAUGGUUCUUCCACGCCCCGGCGGGAAGAAGAAGAAGGACGAAUCUAAAGACGAUGCCGAAAAGCAGGAGGAGUACUCCAAAGUCUAUGGAGAAUUAACAAAGCUCGUUCAGAAGGAGAACAGCAGGGUGAAAGUAUAAAGUCAAAGAUGUGAUAUCUUGCGGCUGAUAUACGGGUCAAAUUCAUGUACAAUUCUGAGUUGUUUUUAUGAACCCGAUGAUUCGAAAUUUUGCGACAACGUCCAUGACACAAGAGCUCGUCAAUUCGAAGCUCCUUGCUGAAGGAAACAUUGUCUUUUAUAUUGGCGUUUGGCUGAGUGAUUGUUGAUUUGCAAGGCGUUUAUGUACGGGUAUACAAAAGGCU